AGGGGCGACUAUCACCGCCGACCAAAUCGCUAUUCCUUCCGAUUAGCUCCCUCUCAACGACAAUCAUCACACCGAAGAAUCUCAGAUGGAUUUCGAAGAGCCUCCCCUGAUCUGUAUCUGAACGUACGAAGCCGCUACCGGACUCACCCCUUCGAUCCGGGUUUAUCGUCUAAUGGAGGUAAGAAUUCAUUGCCUAACAGAGAUGACUAUUGGCUCCCAAUCCGAGGUGCCAAUCGGCGUAGAAGCUCAGGUCGGCGCUCAAUUCAAGGAUGGAGGAGCCCAAUCCGGGAACCCUAUCAACAUAUUGGCGAAAAAACACAAGCACCAAUCAGAGAUUUGACAGUACCUCCAGACCUUCAGACUUCAUCCACAGCAACCUUCUGGAAUACCGUACGAAUUCCCAGCAGACGGCCAAUCUUCAGGCGUCUCUCACCCUAGGUCAUGACACUUUUACUCUCUUCCAUUCCUUUUACAAUCAAACUUACUGUGUCUCUGUUGAAGGAAAGAGAAAUUGUAUUAUUUGGCUUGACUCUGAUUUACUUAGUUGGUUGGUGGAAUGCCUCUUAAAAAUCUCUUUUGAACCAUGUUGGGUUUUCUCAAGAAUUACUGAGAAGAGGACUUUGAAAGUGGGUAGGGAAUCUGAUUUCAUAAGUAUCUCUGAAUCUAGAAUGGAGGGCACUCGGUCAAUCUCAUUGCCAAGAGGUAUGAACAACCUUUUGUUAAGGAAAUUCAUCUCCAACCUUCAAUCUUUCUGUAGCAGUAGCUCGGCGAAGCAGAACAUUAGUACCAAGCCAUCCAAGGACCUUCCAACUGGGAAUGAAGAGAACAACCGAUCUCCACUACACCCGCGGCAGAACAUCAGCACAACAGACAAGCAAAAAUCCAGUGUCACUCCAAGGACUUUCCAGUUUGCAGACCAGCAGAACACCUACGGAAACCUGUCUAUAGCAGAAUCCCGGGAUUACGCAACCAGUCGGGGAGAAUGGCUCCCUAGUGUUCACAAGCCAUACAACUUGGAUAUCUCUUUAACCACAUCCUUGCUCUGUUGGGAAAGUGAAACCCCCAAUCUUCCUACACCUUGCGAUGGUGAAUUCCCAGGGCUAUGUAGUUAUGACCGUAUGAUUUUUGACCAAGACACUUGCUCAAAAAGUUUGCUUGCAAUGGACAUUGGGCCUCUCUCACAUGCUGAAUUUUACAAUGCUAACACUAACACACCCUUUUCCGCCAGGGAGAGAUCACUUUCAGGGAAAGCACUAACACAGAUAGCUCCAGGAUUCCCGGCUUCUAGGGUAAGAGGAACUCAAUCUGAACCUCCCCGCCCACUUUCCCCAACAGCCCCUCCUUUCAUCCCCUCCUCUUAUAACUCAUUCCGGAUUCUGGAGACAUGCCAAGACAGUGAGGAACCGCCAGUGGAACAAUCUUUAAAUGGAGAUAGAGACAAGAUUGACUUAUUAAAUUGCUUUUCUACCUCUAGGUUGCUGAAGCUUUAUGCCCUCGAGGAUGUGGCCCCUUAUAGUGGAGAGCCGGCUCUUUAUACUCACUCUGAAGGUGAGUCAAUAGCUUUGAAUGACUCAAAGCUUGAACCUUGUAGAUUCAGCAUCCCCAGCAGCUCCACAGUCUCAAUGUCAUUCCCAAAAUUAAUCAAAGGAAAGACAACUUCAUCACCGUCACAUAUGGUCACCAUGAGCAGGGCUAGGCAACUAGCCGAAGGAAGGAGAAAAGCUCCCAUUAGGGGAGUUGACACCUCGGACGAUGAUGAAGAGUCCUUGUUUGACGGUAUUCAUUCUGCCUUCAAAAGAAGCUGUCCAACCAUUCAAACUAAGAAGACCUGUGCACCUGCCCCGGUUCCUCAAAGCCCCCAACCGAAACUUACCAAAAAUCAGAAAAAGAAGGCGAAGACGAAAAUAAAAAAGGCUCGGGCAGCGGAGGCUCACAUAGCUCUCAAAGCUAAAAUCUCUGAGUUAUAUGAACACUUUGAAGAAGAUUAUGAUUGUGUAGAUUUCCUAUAAAUCUCUUCUUCUUUUGUAGUCUUUAUUUGGACGGCCCAUUAGGGGUUGGAUCCAAGUUCUUCUAGAUUUGGGCUUUGUUCGGGUUU